CUCUCUCUCUUUCUUUUUUUUCUCUCUCUCUUUCAAGAAAAAAUGUAUUUGCCAGGCACACAGCCAGGCUCUGAGAGUUUACAAAUGAGUAAGAAUGGUUCUUGCUACUGAAGAACUUAGAGUGGGGAUUUAUGGGAGUAAAAAACAUGAAAAUAUGAUUUUAAUAUGUUGUAAAUGCGAUAGUGGGAAGGGGUUUAUUUGAUGGAGAACAUUCUUCUAAAUAGUGCCUUAAAUUUUAUUACUUUUUAGUCGACCAGACUGUUUAUCCCUAUGUGUUCAAAGAACAGUCUGCACACUUUUAGGUUUGUUUCUUGGAUUGUUAUUCAGAGGUCAUGAUCCUUGUAUUUGGAUAAUUUUCCAUAGGUGAUUUACCAUAAUUUUUCUGAUUUCCUCUCUAUUGUGUAUAUUACCAGAUCAUCCUAUAGCUUAACAUCUUCACUUACAUACUUCUUUGUGUGGAAGAGCUGUGUGAAAUUUCUAAACGUGGAAAUCUGUCCAUACAUGCUGUCUUACAGAGAGAGAGGUUGGUUCCAGAAUCAAUUUUGAAAUGUUCUGUUGAUCUUGCAACGUGUACAAUUACAUCUGUGGUCAGAGACUGUUUUGUUGUGACCUACUUCGUCAGAGACGUUGUUAGUAAUGGUAAGAACACCAUGGAAGGGACUCCAGACUCUUCCACAAGGAGAGUUCUAGUACGAAAACAUGAAAUGCUAACUGACAUAACGAUACCUUUUCACCAGCACAGAAGAUGUGCAACUUAAAGAAACGGACUGUGGUAAUACCUGUGUCGCACGCUGGUGGAAAGUUAGUGCCGCAGUCCUGCUCCGACUUCUGUCAGGUGCAGGGGCCCUACCUCCAAGGACCAAGAAUUUGUCAAGGCAGCAGAUGGACUAGUUGUGAUUAUUCUGUGAGCUAAUGAAGCAAGAUGAUGCCUUUUUAUCUGAUGGCUUUCCCUUCUAGUUCCUAGGCCUUUGAAGUGCUACAUGUCUGAAAAUAAUUUGCAUAGAAUUACUUGAACUCUUCUGUUAACUAGCAGGUAGAAAGGAAACAGUUACCAGUUAUUUCUUAAAUAAAGCCCAUUUUUUCCCUGACUUUGGUGUCUUUUUGGCCUAGCUCACCAUCUUCUGUCUUCUUCACUUUUGUGCUUUGCCUCAAAGAUGGCAUCAUCUUCCUGAGUCCAGUCUUUUAGGGUCUCAGGAUUGUUACCUUUGCUCCCAAAGGCAAGGUCAUACUUGGAACCUUUUCAGUUAUCUCUGUGGCCUCAUCCAACUGACUUAGCUCAGGUUCUGAAAUUUCUUCAUUCUCAUUCUCUCAGUGCUUGUAAUUUGGGGUCUUCAGCUAGUUUGGUGUCCAUCUUUGUUAACCUCUUGGCAGAGCCCCAUAUCCAGCUGUCCCCUGCUUAUACCUUAGGGUCCCUUUUGUUCUUUCUUGGCCUUUUGAAGUCCAGCUCAGCUUUGAAGGCUGAGUUGUCACCUUGCUUGCCACCUCGUCCCCCAGACUUUUUCCUGUAUAUUUCAUACUGCAUUUUCUUCUUUUCAGCCUCGUUAGGUGGGACCUAAGCUCCACAAGGGCAAGUUCUGUGUCAUUUAUCUUUGUAUUUAUCUUUGUCACUUAUCUUUCGGGGCCUGGGGCCUGGUUCCUAGAAGUCCGUUAUCCUGUGCUUAUCUUUCCCCUCUUUCAGCCUGAGUAAUCUACGGGGCUGCUCUCUUUGUCAUUGGUGGGUGGGUAUUCUGACGGAAGAUUACCCACUGACCUCUGGGCUGUCUUCCUUUAAAUCUUCUCUCCUUAGGCGAUUUCUCCGUGCCUGAGGGUUUUAUGUGGACAGGUAAUUGAAGCCCUACUCAGUUACAUUCAAGCCAGAACAUCAUCCGCUCCCAUAUUUAAGUCAUCACCCAGUUUUCUCUUAAGUGACUUGAAUUCCUUUACUUUCCUUUUAUCACCAGUGUGGUGGGAGAAGCUACCCUCCUCUCUCGUGCAAAGACUGUACUGCGGCCCUGUCUCACCCCCUCUGCUGCUCAGUGGCUCUUUCCAGAACGUCAGUCUCCCCCUUCCCUUUUAUCUAAAAUAUUCUGGCUUUCCUCUGCUCUUAGAUAAAUUAAAGCAAACAUCCUUAAUGUGGCACCUUUGCACCGUCUGACAGAGAAAUGUCCUAAUCUUUUGAAGGUACAAGUAUGAUUUUAAUACUUUGAGAAGCAAAUGUUCUAGAAGAGGACACUUGUUUAGACUUAAAAUGGGGGCUCUAGUAUGACUUAGGCACGUGGGGGACUAUAGGCUGUUACCGCAUUUAAACAUAAUUUGUUCCUAGAGCCUGCAACUGUGAAGAUAAGGCUGAAGAAUUUACGUGGCAUUUGCCCCAUUUUUGGUUUGCUAGCAGAGAAACCCCUCAUGCGAGUGAAGGUGGCACAAGAAGAGGCAGAAGUACAGACUUUUCUCCGGGUUUACGGCGAGAAGCACGGUCAAGAGUGUGCAGCGGACUACUUCCAGUUGUACAUUUGUUAAUAAUCAUGGGCCAGACUGGGAAGAAAUCUGAGAAGGGACCGGUUUGUUGGCGCAAGCGUGUAAAAUCAGAGUACAUGCGGCUGCGGCAGCUCAAGCGGUUCAGGCGGGCUGACGAAGUGAAGAGUAUGUUUAGUUCCAAUCGUCAGAAAAUUUUGGAAAGAACGGAAAUCUUAAACCAAGAAUGGAAACAGCGAAGGAUACAGCCUGUGCACAUCCUGACUUCUGUGAGCUCAUUGCGCGGGACCAGGGAGUGUUCAGUGACCAGUGACUUGGAUUUUCCAACACAAGUCAUCCCAUUAAAGACUCUGAAUGCGGUUGCUUCAGUCCCCAUAAUGUAUUCUUGGUCUCCCCUACAGCAGAAUUUUAUGGUGGAAGAUGAAACUGUUUUGCAUAACAUUCCUUACAUGGGGGAUGAAGUCUUAGACCAGGAUGGGACUUUCAUUGAAGAACUAAUAAAAAAUUAUGAUGGAAAAGUACAUGGGGAUAGAGAAUGUGGGUUUAUAAAUGAUGAAAUUUUUGUGGAGUUGGUGAAUGCUCUUGGUCAGUACAAUGAUGAUGAUGAUGAUGAUGAUGGAGACGAUCCUGAUGAAAGAGAAGAAAAACAGAAAGAUCUAGAGGAGAACAGAGAUGAUAAAGAAAGCCGCCCACCUCGGAAAUUUCCUUCUGAUAAAAUUUUUGAAGCCAUUUCCUCAAUGUUUCCAGAUAAGGGCACAGCAGAAGAGCUAAAGGAAAAGUAUAAAGAGCUCACCGAGCAGCAGCUCCCCGGCGCACUUCCUCCUGAAUGUACCCCGAACAUAGACGGACCAAAUGCUAAAUCUGUUCAGAGGGAGCAGAGCUUGCAUUCAUUUCAUACGCUUUUCUGUAGGCGAUGUUUUAAAUAUGACUGCUUCCUACAUCGUAAGUGCAAUUAUUCUUUUCACGCAACACCCAAUACUUACAAGCGGAAGAACACCGAGACGGCUCUAGACAACAAACCUUGUGGACCCCAGUGUUACCAGCACUUGGAGGGAGCGAAGGAGUUCGCUGCCGCCCUCACCGCGGAGCGGAUCAAGACGCCGCCGAAGCGGCCCGGCGGCCGCAGGAGAGGCAGGCUCCCCAACAACAGCAGCCGGCCCAGCACCCCCACCAUCAACGUGCUGGAGUCCAAGGACACAGACAGCGACAGGGAAGCGGGCACUGAGACGGGCGGUGAGAACAACGAUAAAGAGGAGGAGGAGAAAAAGGACGAGACUUCCAGCUCCUCGGAAGCAAAUUCUCGGUGUCAAACGCCAAUAAAGAUGAAGCCAAACAUUGAGCCUCCCGAGAACGUGGAGUGGAGCGGUGCUGAGGCCUCGAUGUUCAGGGUCCUCAUUGGCACGUAUUAUGACAAUUUCUGUGCCAUUGCCAGGCUCAUUGGGACCAAAACUUGUCGACAGGUGUAUGAGUUUCGUGUCAAAGAAUCGAGUAUCAUAGCUCCCGCUCCGGCCGAGGAUGUGGACACCCCCCCGAGGAAGAAGAAGAGGAAACACCGGUUGUGGGCUGCACACUGCAGAAAGAUACAGCUGAAAAAGGAUGGCUCCUCGAACCACGUUUACAACUACCAACCCUGUGACCAUCCACGGCAGCCUUGUGACAGUUCGUGCCCUUGCGUGAUCGCACAAAAUUUUUGUGAAAAGUUUUGUCAGUGUAGUUCAGAGUGUCAGAACCGCUUCCCCGGCUGCCGCUGCAAGGCUCAGUGCAACACCAAGCAGUGCCCGUGCUACCUGGCCGUGCGCGAGUGCGACCCGGACCUCUGCCUCACCUGCGGCGCCGCCGACCACUGGGACAGCAAGAACGUGUCCUGCAAGAACUGCAGCAUCCAGCGCGGCUCCAAGAAGCAUUUGUUGCUGGCGCCAUCCGACGUGGCAGGCUGGGGCAUCUUCAUCAAAGAUCCCGUACAGAAGAAUGAAUUCAUCUCGGAGUACUGUGGAGAGAUUAUUUCUCAAGACGAAGCAGACAGAAGAGGAAAAGUGUAUGAUAAAUAUAUGUGCAGCUUUCUGUUCAACUUGAACAAUGAUUUUGUGGUGGAUGCAACCCGCAAGGGUAACAAAAUUCGUUUUGCAAAUCAUUCAGUAAAUCCAAACUGCUAUGCAAAAGUUAUGAUGGUUAACGGCGAUCACAGGAUAGGGAUUUUUGCUAAGAGAGCCAUCCAGACUGGUGAAGAGCUGUUUUUUGAUUACAGGUACAGCCAGGCCGACGCCCUGAAGUACGUGGGCAUCGAGAGAGAGAUGGAAAUCCCUUGACGUCUGCUACCUCACCCCCCUCCUCUCCGGAACAGCUGCCUUAGCUUCAGGAACCUCGAGUACUGUGGGCAACGUAGAAACAUGCAGUUUGAAAUUCUGAAUUUGCAAAGUACUGUAAGAAUAAUUUAUAGUAAUGAGUUUAAAAAUCAACUUUUUAUUGCCUUCUCACCAGCUGCCAAGUGUUUUGUACCAGUGAAUUUUUGCAAUAAUGCAGUAUGGUACAGUUUUCAACUUUGAAUAAAGAAUACUUGAACUUC